AUGGCAGAGAUGAGUGUGUCUAUUUCAGCUGUUGAACUUGAAUCUACUGUGAUACAUAUAAGUUCAAGCAACUCUCAGCAACUAAAGGUAUCGUCAGUGGAUCCAAGGAAUAUCGAUUGUUUCGAAGCGAUGAACGAGUCACUCCGAGCCAGAUACGUUUACGGCAUAAUCUUCUUCGUCACCAACCUCACUGCGUGGUUCAUUCGAGAUUAUGGCCACAGUGUUUUCCCUCCACUCUAUUAUAAAGAAGCUUGCGGAAUCGGCGGACACGAUUGCUUUCACACAUUCGGAGUUCUCCGAGUGAGUUUAGGAUGUUUCAUAUUUUUCCAUCUCAUGUUUCUAACCACAUUCACUGCAAGAAAAUUAUAUGAAGCUUGCAGUAAAUGGCACUCGGGAUGGUGGGGGCUGAAGGUUGUCCUGUUGCUUGUAUCCAUGGUUGUACCAUUCUUCUUCCCUCCAGAUUUCAUUCACAUAUACGGAGAAGUUGCUCGUGUCGGCGCAGGGGUUUUUCUCCUUCUGCAACUUAUAAGCGUGAUCGAGUUUAUCAGAUGGUGGAAUAAGUACUGGUCACCUAAUGAGCAAAGUAAACACAGCUGUUGUUCCAUUGCAUUAUUUACCUCGACGGUCUUUUACGGUGUUUCGAUAUGCGGAAUUGUGUCCAUGUACUAUUUUUAUGCCCCGAAACCAGCUUGCCCUCUCAACAUAUUCUUCAUUACAUGGACUGCCUUUCUUCUCAUAGUGAUGAUGGCUAUGUCCUUGCAUUCAAAGGUUAAUAAAGGUCUCUUAUCUUCAGGAAUUAUGGCUUCUUAUGUUGUUUUCCUCUGUUGGUCUGCCAUUAGAAGUGAACCGGCCGACGAGAAAUGCAACAUACAAAAGCCGGAUAACGGACGUUUCGAUUGGACCACCGUACUCCGGUUUCUGAUUGCAGUAGGUACCAUUGUCACGGCAACCUUUUCAACGGGUAUUGAUUCGAAAUCAUUCCAGUUUAAUAAAAAUGAGGUUAAACAAGAGGAUGAUAUACGUUAUCACUACGGAUUUUUUCACAUGAUAUUCUCUUUGGGGGCCAUGUACUUUGCAAUGUUAUUCAUCAGUUGGAACCUGGAAGACUCUUCAAACCAGUGGAGCAUUGAUGUGGGCUGGGCAAGUGCAUGUGUUAAAAUCAUCAACGAGUGGUUGGCAGCUACGAUAUACAUGUGGAAAUUGAUUGGCCCCGUUGUGAAGAAACCUAAGGUGGUGAACAAUGAGGAGAGCAUGCAGGCAUGA